AAACGGAGGCCACGGGUUAAAUAGCAGAUGGCGUAAGGCGAAGUUGGUGAGAGGGGCGGAGGUGUGUCUAGUUGCCCGAUAAUGGUGGGGGAUUACCGAGAAUGACCGCCGAAAUUUGCAAUAUCACACAUAUCGCGACGAUAGAAUUCACAUUCUAGUCGCAGAGAGACAAGCGGAUGAAGCUGGCUAUCCCGCGAGCCGUCGCCGAGGAUUCCACCUGGACGAAUACCUAUCGCAACGACGAGGCUUACGGAAGAAAUUUCGACCACGGGGAGUCCAGGGAGGAUAGACUAUACGAGAUCCCCGUGACGUGCAACACCCCAUACGAUAUGGACAGGCGCCCAGCCACUCUCCAGCAGGUCCGGAGUGCCAACGAGAGGCUACAUCAUAACGACAGAGCCUGGGUAGCUCGGAACCCGCCUAACGACCCUGGCCCUUACCGUGCUGUCGUGAGUGUCAACGAGGAUAAAGGGUACGUGUACCCGGCCACUGGUCUUAUGUAUCAUCCGGAAGGCAAUUCGAGGGCCUUUACUCGUGCUCCAAUUGAGCCCAUGGACCGGCGUGGACACCAGGUUGCUCAACGGCACGCGGAUGACCACGACGACAGCCUAAAUCGAGUUUCAACUUGGCCACCCAGAGACGAGGAUGGCGAAGACCUAGCCGACUAUGAAACUCGGUACAGGAAGGAGAGGGGGCCCCGGGGACGUCGUGUUGAUAAGGGCCGGGCUUCUAAACAGCCCCUCUAGGUGGCAGAUAGUUAAGAAUGUAUCGGCGUUACCGGUUGUUGGACCGAGGCAGACUUGGAGUGGCUUGGAUUGUGCGUGGUAGAUGGGGCAGUCAGGGACACGUUUACUACGUAGGGCACCAUUUGGCCUUGUUUUGGGUCUCUGCAUGGGCGUAUGACCCUAAAGGUGGGCUCUCUUGAGCAGCUCAGCCCAGCUCAGCCUAGCUCAGCUCAUGUAGAUACUCGACUCCGUACUCAUGCUCAGUGUUGCUUUGUAACCGCUCAGCGGCAGCUCGGCUUUAAAGCGGCAGGAGCUCAGCCCUGCAUCCGAAACUGGGUAUUGGUG